AUGGAAGUAAGGCGCACCUACGGCUACGAGGUGCAGGCGCCGCCCCGGCGGGAGCCGCUGCCGCUCUACAGCUACGACUACGAGCUGGAGGUGCCGGCGCGCAGCCCCGAGCCGCCCAAGCUGCACGACCUGGAGGCGCGGCUGGAGCGCGUGCUGCUGCCCAAGCAGGACUGCCCGUGGCGCGAGCAGGCCGCCGCGCUGCUGCGCCACCCCCGGGGGCUGCGCCACGGCGGCGGCCGCCCCUGGGGGCGGGGCGGCGGCUACGGCCUCGCCGAGCCCGACGAGGAGCCGGGGGCGGCGGCGGGCCGCGUCGUGCCGCUGGCCGGCCCCACGCGAGUCCUGCCCACCUCCGGGCCGGCGCUCGCCCCCGUGGAGGAGUUUUACGGCGGCGGCCACACCUACGAGGUGGUGCACAGCUCCCCGCUCGCUCUGAUCUCCGGAGGCGACGGCGGCCGCCUGGGCGGCUACCCUGAGGACCUGGCUGGGCUGACGAAGCCCUGGUCCCCCCUGCCGGGGCCCGCCUACCUGGCCGGGUCGGUGCUGGGUCGGGACUUCCGCAGUGACCUCCACUUCGCCCCCGAGAGGCCGCGCAUCCAAGACGAGCCGCCAGCGGGACGCUACGUGGUGAACAGGUGCGACCUUCGACGACAUCCAGAGGGCGGAACUUGGAUGACAUCUUUGGGUCCAGACAAGUAGCAGUCUACGCUCCUUAAGGGAUACAAGUUCUGUAUAAACGAAAUUCUGUUCCUCUCGGAUGUCCUCGAUUGUCGAAGACAAGUGCACACACACAGGGUAGUGAAAGAUUAUCUUGUGUUGUUGGUAAGACUGUCACACUUUUCGACUGCCAACUGAAACUGUUCUUUUGUGAAGGGUAACAUAUCGGACCUAGAACGCCGUGUUUGCAGUCGAAUGUGUGGAUUACAUAACGUGGAAGAAGAAU